UGUUCCGCCUUUAGGCAAAGUGGAUAAAACUUGUCUAAACGUGGCUGUGUUGAUGACUCACUUCUUUUAAAUGUUCUGACAUCUGCUGUGCAUCAGCGUCUGACUCAUUACUGGAGCCACAAACGCUCCUCGGUGAAAUAACAGAAACGAAAAUAAUGAUCAUUAAAAAAGACAGAAUGUUGGCGUCAGCCCGUCGGGAACAGAACUCCUAGACCGUGUGCUGCGCAGGAACAUACGUGCUCGCCCGCAUUUUGGGAGUUUCCGUAGCAACCAGAAAAUUGAGGGGAUUAAUGGGAGCAGCUAGAGACCUUGAGACUUGCUAAGAUCAGCCGCUACAUGAACUUCCAGGUGAAGGGCAGAUCCUCUGGGGGAGGGGGAUGUCUUUCCCUCUGUGACACAUACCACAAGUGUCUUGGACGAUGGUUGUGACUUUUUUCUACCGGUGUGAAAUGGAUAAACCCGCAGUCAUAGAUAUCUCUGGCAAGUCGUUUUGAGGUCAGUAGCUUUGAAAAGUUGCGUCUCUCCCUCUGGAUAAGUCAGAACUUGUCUACGAGCGAGUGCACUUUGGAAGAAUCCUCUUGGUGAAGGUCCAGUCAGUAUCUGGGACACAACUGGACGUCUACAGUCGCCUGAAGACCAACAGCAAUAUUUGAAAGACAGAGUUUCCCUCUUGGAGGACACACGGGAAAGAUCUAGGCAGUCAUUUCAUGGUUGGUGUGCAUUAGGAAGCUGAUGUGGACUAGUCGCUGACAUCUAAUGACUGCUCUCUGGAGGCCAAUCUGCAAGGAGAACCUAAUCUAUGCUGAGAAUUUAAGAUGUGACGUCUUUGAUCCUCCAGUGUUGGUUGCAUGUAAGGAAAGAGCUGGUUUGGAGGGAGAAUGAAGCUUCUGAUUAAAGAUCUUCCUGAAGAUGGAGAACGGGUGAUGCCUAAGUGCAACCUUUCUGCUCUCCGCCUGCGUGUUUUGUAAAUGUUGGCUCUAGCGGGACCGGUGAGAUCAUCAGUGGAAAUGGGAUUUUUAGAAAACUUCCUGUCUGCCCGGCCUCAUUUAUGCCCAUUGUAAAGCGGAGCUGCAGCAGCUGUUGGUGCAGUUUGGACACCUGUCUUCAAGCGCUGUAUCUGAACCCUGACGGACCACCUCCCAGUGCUGCUCAGUCCAACGUGUGGUUCUGGUGUUUCCGGGCUUUUGGACUCCUAGACUUCAGCUGCAAAACCCUCCCACUGUCAGCACGUAGAUGUCAUGAAGGUUACAAACAAGAUGGACGGUAAAGGUCAACUCCCACCAUCUCCGUUGAACUACAGCUGUAAACUAUCACUCUUCACCAGGACCGGAUGGAACAGAGUCGAUACCAUGACACCCCCCCCCGAGAAAGGAAAAGGGCGGGACAUCCCAACGCAGGGUUGACGGCGCAGAACAAUGGCCACCAUGUCUUCGUUCCCUCAGUGCAAUGGCAUCACUGGGCCCAAAUACCGCGACUGGGUGUCAAACACAAUCUGCAACAAAAGAAAUAAGACCUUCCAGCUGAACAGUCCAGACGGUGCAACACUAACCGUGGGGGUCCUGGAUGACACCAAGUGCAACGCUGCAGACCUGAACGCGUGGGGGAAGUUCUUCCUGCCCACCACAGUUCAGAUGCAGGUGGUGGGUUAUGUGGAGGGCAGCCCGUACCCCUGUGACCAGCUCGUCCUGAUGACCUGUGAGGACAAGAAGUUCUACGGCUACGACGGAGACGAGCUCCACCUGGUGGCUCCAAGUCUGGAGCAUCUGUGCCAAGUCGGGGUAGACUACCCCGCUUCCAGAAGCUUUUACAGAGGGGAGGCCUUUAAACACACGACCAGCGAGGAGUGGGAUGAGCUGAGGAAGGGUCCCGUGGGAAAGAGGCUAGACAAAGAGCAUCACCAGCUGGUAUCAAAACACAAAGACAGUUUCCUGAAAAACCUGCGACUCGGCGCAGAGAAGCGGAGGUGUCACCAGCAGCACGGCCCCAUCCUCUCCGACGCCGUGCUCAGACAGCUGCAGAACGGCGGGGCCUGAGAGCGCCCGGAUCAAAAACCAACUGUGUGCAUGCUGCUGUCCGAGCAAAUCUGAAAAAAGCUUUUUCAGAUUUCUCCACAAGACUGCAGUCAACUAUGCAUCAAAGCACUGCCUCUCCCCCCAUUUAUCAUGUUAGAUUAUUGUAGUAACUAAGUAAUUGGAUAUCUAUAAAUAGGUUUGAUCAACCAGUUAGUAGACAAAGUAGAUAAUGGGGAAGUUAAACAUAAAAAAUAGAAAUAAGUUGAAAAGGUUAGUAAAAUAUUGUGAGGACAGUGAUGAUGCAGACUGUAGUGGCCCGUCUUCAGCUGUGGAGAGUGGAGCGAGACGAGUUCAGCAAUGCAUGCUGGGAAACCUCUGCUGCUGCUUAAGAGCAGUCAUAUGUCUGAGCAGCAGUUUAGGUAGCAGACCGACCUUCAAGAACCUGAAGUUGGCGCCUGAUUUGUAGCUUCUAAUUUGAUGGUUAAGGGAAAUGUUAAGACUAAGAUUUAAUAAAACGAAGUUAAUGAUGUGUCAAAACUCAAUAAAAGGACAAAUACAUUUUUUUUCAUAUGGUAAAGUUAACCUUAAACUUAAGUUCUUAAAAUACUUGUCUGUUUAAAAUGAAGACACUGAUUUAACAUUACAUAAUGGUGAAAUAUUUAACCCUUAACUUUCCCCUUAACUUUCAGAGCAGAAACAAGAAUUGUUGCUACAAAAAAUUAGCAGCAGUUCAAAAAAAGGUUUGACAAGCUGCAGUCAUUCAAUAUUUGACACUAAAUUAAAAUAAUACAUUUAUGUUUAAAUAUUAAACAAACACAGAAAAUGAAAAAAUAUCAACUCAAACUUGAGUUCUGACAAGAGUCAGAAUGCAACUUUGAGUUUAAGCUUUUUAAAAUGUUUUUUUCCCAUGAUUUCAGAAAAAGUCUGUUACUUUAAAUCCUUGACUAAAUCUAGUUAAAAGGAGUAAAAAGAUAGAAAUUCAGUUUACAUUUUUAUGUGACUAAAAUCUAUAAUGUAAAUAAAAUAAAAGCAAAAAAGUAAGAUUUCAACGUAAAUAAUGUAAUUAGUUUGUGUAAAGUUUGUCUCCACAGUUUUAAAAUGAAGCUGCUGAUUAAAAGAAACUUUUUCCUAAAAA